AUGUUUCCAAAAACGACGAGAGUACUAGUUGCUAAAAAAGGUUAUUCGCCUGUUUCACUUCGCUAUCUGAACGCGUCGAGAAAGCAACCUCCUUCAAUUAAUUCUCUAAGAAAAAGUUCAAACCAAUUACAUUCUCCCGGCAGUUAUUUUGACAAUCGCUCGAAAAUAAUCAAUGAGUUUCGCGUCAACAACAAUCCUAAUCCCUAUCCACACAAAUUUCGCGUUGAUCUUUCCAUCCCUGAAUUCGUCCAAGAGUACAAUAACAUCGAACCAAAUCAACGACUAGAACAAGAAGUACUGUCGAUCGCCGGCCGAGUUCACAGUUGGCGUUCUUCUGGGACAAAGUUGUUCUUUUAUGAUUUGCAUGGUGAAGGCGCAAAAAUUCAGAUAACGGCCAGAGCACAAGAUUUCGAACGUGAUUUCGAUCGAAUUCAUAAAAUCAUUCGUCGCGGUGACAUCGUCGGAGUCAGGGGUUUCCCCGGGAGAACUAAAAGCGGUGAACUGUCAAUCUAUCCAAGGGAUAUGGUGUUGCUGUCACCUUGCCUUCAUCAAUUGCCUACUCCACAACAAGGAUUCAAAGAUCAAAACACUCGUUAUCAUCAACGUUACCUUGAUCUGAUCAUGAAUAACUCAACUCGCGAAAAAUUUAUCACCCGAACGAAAAUCAUAAAUCACAUUCGGCAAUUUUUAAAUGGCCUUGGGUUUUUAGAGGUCGAAACUCCAAUGAUGACUGCAAUCGCGAGUGGUGCUGCCGCGAGAACGUUCGUCACUCGUCAUGCGGAUUUCAAACGAGAUCUAUUCAUGCGCGUUGCGCCGGAAUUGUAUCUAAAGCAACUUGUUGUCGGUGGUCUCGAACGGGUCUACGAGAUUGGUCGUCAAUUCCGAAACGAAUCAAUCGACGUCGUGCACAAUCCCGAGUUCACGUCAUGCGAAUUUUAUAUGGCGUACGCGGACAUGUACGACUUGAUGGAUAUGACAGAAAAGAUGCUGUCAGAAUUGGUCAUGUUGAUCACAGGUUCACCGGUGGUCAAGUAUCAUCCCAACGGAUCAGAAGAUGGUAAAGAGUUAGCGCUAAACUUUACUCCACCAUUUCCGAGGCUCGACGUGAUAAGCUGUCUGGAGAAAACUUUGGAGGUGAAGUUUCCUCCUUCGGAAGAAUGGAAUACUGACGCAACAAAUCAAUUCUUAAAGAAUAUUUGUGAUAAACACAAUAUCAAAUGUAGUCCACCGAGAAUCACCUCGAGAUUAUUAGACAAGGCAAGCAUCCUCAUAUCCAAACUCAUCCAACCUAAAUGCAUCUCACCAACGUUUCUAACAGGACACCCGCAAUUAAUGUGCCCACUUGCAAAACAUCAUCGUGAAAAACCAGGCCUCUCCGAACGAUUUGAAUUGUUCGUGGCAUCACACGAAUUAAUAAACGCCUAUACUGAAUUAAAUGACCCAUUCGAUCAGCGCGAAAGAUUCAAGGAACAAGCGCGAAACAAGGAUAAAGGUGAUCAAGAAGCCCAGCUAAUAGAUGAGUCAUUUUGUACAAGCUUGGAAUACGGAUUGCCCCCUACGGCCGGAUGGGGCCUUGGCAUAGAUCGACUAGCCAUGAUCUUAACUGAUAGCAUAACGAUCAAGGAGGUUCUCCUGUUUCCCGCGCUCAGUCACGGUCGAACCUGUGAAGAGUGA